AAAAAGAGGAAGUUAAAGUGUGUGACACAAGCCAUGAAAGUAACUCUGCCACACCUAUACGGCAGCACUACAGCUCUCCUGUGGUUUUUGUUGGACCCACCCAGUCUGCUUUUAGUAAUAACAGACAGUUGUAAUGUAAUAUGUAAGGAAAAAGUAAUACGAAUUAAAAAAAAUCUCACAAACAAUUCAUAACAAGAACCUUAUAAAUAGUCCCAUUGGCAUACAUUUUGCGUUUUGCAAAGUCACCUUCUUCAGUAUUUGUAGAUUUCAUUUUACGUGUGAUAUAUUGAAAAAUAAUGAUAAGCAUUUUAUACGUUUAAAGCCUUUCAAUACAUGCAAAGAGUCUCAAAUUUUAAUAAAUUGAUCUCAGAGCCUCUUCAUUAUUACUCUUGCCUUGUAACAUAUUGAAAGUGCAUGAAAGAUUAGAUUGUUUCUGGAUCAUUGGAAGAGGGUGCUUUUUUCAUAUUGUCCUUUAUUAUGUACGUUUUGGGUCAAAAAAGAGAAAAGCUGAAGUGCUGCCUUGUUGUGGCAGAUUACUUUCAUGGCUUGUGUGACAUACAGACUAACUUCCUCUUUUCAAAUCCUUAAAUCUGAAACAGUGCUUAGUGAAGCAAAAGAAAAACAGCUCUAAAAUAGAUUUACAAUCAAUUAUUUGCAUAAAAGUUGUGUAAGACAUUUAAGGCAGUUUGAAAAAACUCUAAACUACUGCGUAGUGUGUAAGAAAAAUACAUGCACAGAGGAAACAAUAAAAUUAAUCUAUAGGGAUGGUUCCCUUAAAUCUAGGAAGCAAAUAAAAGUCAUGAUUUAGUAGGUUUCAGGCUAGGCAGUUCCUCAUGAAAUUCACACUAUAUUUAUGUGUUUAUUCUGUUGUCUGCUGUUACUGCUAUUGCCAAUCUGCAGUUUGUCUAUUGAAGGGAGAGGUACAAUAACGUCUGCCAGGAUGGGACUCCUGCGAGCAAAAGAGUACAUAAUUCUACUUUUUGUCCUAAUUUUGGUUCAAGGUUUUAAAUACUCAAAGACACAAUGUCACAACUGCAGCAAGCAACAUUUUUGUAACUGUUCCUCAAAUCAUCUACAACGUGUCCCAGAUGUUCCUGUGAAUGUCCUGGGCCUAGACCUGUCUUUCAAUCAAAUCGAGUCGAUCUACAUGCAGGACCUCGGCCGAUAUACUGAGCUGAAGUUCCUAAAGUUACAUAAGAACGAGCUCACGUUUAUUCACGAGGAGGCAUUUAAGUCUCAAAAGAAGUUGGAAGUUCUUGAUCUGUCUUUAAACAAGCUAGAAAAUCUAUCUUCAUGUUGGUUCCAAGAGCUAAAAUCUCUUCAACAACUGAACGUUUUAGGAAAUCCAUACACCACUGUGGGACCCGCACCUCUCUUCCGGUUUCUGGUAAACCUGAGGACACUGCAGUUUGGAAGUCCUUCACUAAGAAAAGUGUACAAGAAUGGCUUGGAUGAGCUCACUCGUCUGGAUGAGAUGACAGUUGUUGGUAGUAACCUGUGUCUGUAUGAGAACGGGAGCUUAAAAGCAGCCCGACCCAUCGGUUUAGUGUCCUUGAGCCUUCAAGAUCUAUUCCAGAAGGACCCAGAACUUGUUGCUAAAAUUCUUCGAGAUGUCUCCCAUUCGGAAACUGUCAUGAUUGUGAGAGAUAGUGCUCUCACGACCAACAUUUCAGCCGGACCCUUCAAAGAGAUGAAAGAAGGGGGGACUACAAGUUUGACAUUUCUGAAUUGCACCUCAACAGAUGAGGCUAUCACCUCUUUGUUGUUGGUUCUAGAUGGAUCCGCUUUGUCUUACCUCGGUCUUGAAGAUGCCCAUCUAGUUGGUCAAGGAUUUUGGCAAAAAGCUACACUCACGCAUUACGAAAACUUGCGUACGGUCUACGGUCGUAAUCUUGACAUCCAAGGGUUCAUUCGGUUUAGCAGCAUGAUGCAAUUGGAAUUUCUCCUACAGAAUUUUUACAAAAUAUCCAUGAUUAACUCCACAGUUUUCGUGAUUCCUCGAUUUACCACUUUUAUGAUGAAAAAAAUUGAAUACCUGGACCUUAGCCAAAAUCUCCUGACAGACCUGACAAUCGAAGAGACUUUGUAUACCGGCAUGGGUCAAUUUCAAAACCUCAGCACACUCAACGUAAGCCAGAACUCUUUAAAAUCUUUCGGGCUUUUGUCUCAUCUCGUGGCUAACAUCGCAAGACUUAUAAAUUUAGACGUAAGUCAUAACAGUUUCGUUUCUAUGCCAGAAAAAUGCAGUUGGCCGACGACUCUCAGGUUUCUGAAUCUUUCACGUACAAAGCUUUCAAGGUUGACCCCUUGCCUGCCUUUAAGCCUAACAGUAUUGGAUCUGAGUGAAAAUGAUCUUAAAUCGUUCCACCAAAAAUUUCCUAAACUUACUACGCUUAUACUGACGGGCAACAGAUUUCUGAGUCUACCACAGGGGGGAUUUUUUCCGAACCUAGAGACGUUGCAUAUACAAAGAAACGCUUUGCGGAUGUUUAACGGAAAAGCUCUGAGUAGAUUUAAAAACCUGCGUUACUUGGAGGCGGGUGACAACAAUUUUCUGUGCUCUUGCGAGUUUGUGUCUUUCUUUCAAUACAAUGUUAAAGAUCUAGUCACCUUAAGGGACAGUCGUCAAAAUUAUGUGUGCGACACCCCGUUCUCUAUCAGGGGUGAUACUAUUGACAGUGUACGAUUGUCAGUCUUCGAAUGUUAUAUGAUCCCGGCUGUCUCAAUCCUUUGUGCUGGGAUUAUUUUAGUCCUCCUGAUUAUCGCUGUAAUCUGUCAUAAAUUUCACGUUAUUUGGUACCUGCAGAUGACUAAAGCGUGGAUUAAAGCGAAACAAAAGCCUGCUGUUGGUCGGUUGGCUGGAGAACUUCGCUACGAUGCUUUCGUAUCCUACAGUCAACAUGAUGCAGAGUGGGUGGAGGAGAUCCUAGUGCCGAAUCUAGAGAACGCUCACCCCCCGUUUUCUCUAUGUCUGCACAAACGUGACUUCCGGCCGGGCCGCUGGAUCGUGGACAACAUCAUUGACUCGAUCGAGAAGAGCCAUAGGACUUUGUUUGUUCUGUCCGAGCACUUUGUGACAAGCGAAUGGUGCCGCUACGAACUAGACUUUUCGCAUUUUCGCAUAGUUGACGAAAGCAACGAUUCCGCGGUACUGAUACUGCUGGAGCCGAUCGAGAAAGAGUCGAUUCCCAAGCGUUUUUGCAAACUGAGGAAGAUUAUGAACUCCAGAACGUAUCUAGAAUGGCCUGAAGAUGAAGACAAGAGAUCAGAGUUCUGGAGCAAUCUGAGAGCUGCACUAAGUAGAAAUGAAUGUUAAAGUCCCUGUUAGGGCUGUGUAUCGCCAACAAUUUCCCGAUACGAUACAUAUCCCGAUACAAGACUAUUUUGAUUAACAUUUUUGUUCAGGAUUUAGUAACAUUAUUAAUAUUAUUAUUAUCUGUUUAUUGUACAUUGAAUAAGCAGUGUUGUAACAGUUGUGGUUUUGCCAUUAAUUUAUUAGCUUUUGGGGUAACUCAUAGAAAUACUUAAAAUUAAGUUAGUACUUAACUUAUGUUGUACAAAGAAGUUUUACAAAGAUAGUGCCUUACUCUAGGCAUUAUAUUUGUCUCUCAUUUAAUGAUUCUAUAUCUAUAUGUGUAUAAACCUACAGUCAGACUUAAUACUAUUUAAUAGAAAUCAGAUUAUUAAUGUGAAGGCUAUAGUUUAAAGUAGCUCUGUAUCUCUUCUCUAGACGUACACUUUGCACAUGCAGGUCUUUGUUGUGUUUCUUCUCAAAUGCGUUAAUCAACAGCGAUUCGUCAUGCUAUUUUCAAAAGUGCAUCCGAAUCGAUACUGAAGGUGCUAUAUCGAUGCGCGCAUCACCAGGCGUUCAUGACGAUGUAUCGUCGUAUCGAUAUUUUGAACACAGCACUAGUCCCUGUAGAGUCAGAUAUUAAAUUUGUUCUGAGUUUUUUACACCACAGAAAAAUGUAUUAUUAACCACCUGACCAAAUAUUAAUGAUGGAAAAAAACGUCUAGUAAAAACCAUAUUGUCUUGGAAAUAUAGACAGGAUUCUCUGCUCUUAAAGGAAUAGUCUACUCAUUUUCAAUAUAAAAAUAUGUUAUUACCUUAACUAAGAUUUGUUGAUACAUCCCUCUAUCAUCUGUGUGCGUGCACGUAAGCGCUGGAGCGCGCUGCGACGCUUCGAUAGCAUUUAGCUUAGCCCCAUUCAUUCAAUGGUACCAAUCAGAGAUAAAGUUAGAAGUGACCAAACACAUCAACGUUUUUCCUAUUUAAGACGAGUAGUUAUACGAGCAAGUUUGGAGGUACAAAAUAAAACGUAGCGCUUUUCUAAGCGGAUUUAAAAGAGGAACUAUAUUUUAUGGCGUAAUAGCACUUUUGGGAGUACUUCGACUCGCCUGAAAAGUCCGCUCCCCUUCUCACUCUCAUAAUGGGAGUGGGAGGGUGUUACU